AUGGCAAUUUCGGUGUUGAAGCAAAACUUUUUAACUCCACAAGGGUAUGAAAUGUUCAUGUUUUACUACAUGGGAGCGUAUAUAGACUUCAUCACCAAGCAGAUUGCAAUGAGGACACGAAUGAGGAGAAGGAUGUGUAACACCGCUGUUUGGAGGAUAAUGGUAGGUUUUUUGGGUUAUGGUUAUAUGUUUAGGUAUUUAAGAUCCGCGAAGUUUGUAGAUACGUUAAAAUUUCUGGACUAAAGGAAUACGUCAGGUUAAGUUUAUGAAAUCAUUGGUUUAUUUUAAAGAUUAACGUUUAUACCCGUUUUUACUGUUGUUAAAGAAAAAAUAAUAUCUUUUGGCUGGCAAGAAAGUAUCAAAAGAUUAUAGGUUUUUAUAAGGUUUUUUUAGUUUAUUGGACCGAGAUCAAGGCGAACUUUCAAGAACCUUUCACGACCAUUUCUGAUGUCUGAUGUAGAUCAUUCUAUCAUUGGACAGUUUGCUAGACUAAUGGUUAGAGGAUGUAAGUUUACCUUAUGUUUUUAUGUAUGAAAAAUUAAGGUAUUUAGCUGGAAUGUGAUUAUAGUGUUGAUUGUGUUAUUUUUCAGCCACGUGGACAGCAAAAAGACUUUUUAAAGCAUCGAUGAUUAACUCCUUAACCGUUCAAAACUUCUUCGGAUGUCAAACAACAUUGUCGCCUGAUGUCUUUAAGUUGUGCUGUGAAAAGGGAACAUUGCCAGUUUUGUUCACUGUUCUUUUUGACAAUCGGAAAUGUAAGGAAUAUUUAUUGAUCAUAUAUUGGAACGUACUUAUGUUGCUACGUAUAAUAUCAUAAUUGUCUAUUUUAAGUAUGUAUUAACGAUAUUUUGCGUAUUGAUGCCGUAUCGACCAGUGUAACAUUGAUCAGACGAAUACCUCCAUAUACUGAAACUUUCGAUUACAUAAAGUUCUAUCAAGAAACUUUGGAGCUCAACUUUUGCACACCGAAUCUCAGGUACAUUCUGAUGUUCAUGAAGAAGGUCGAUCAAGUGUAUCCUAAUUUGAAGAACUUGACAUUGGUGUGGACAUUGACUCACUUUGUGGAACCGGCAGCUAUAAGGGACAACAAAGUUGACCAGUUAAUUCGAGAUGUACAAUCUGGAAUCACAGUUGACUUUCUGUUUGCGUUAAGAAUGGCUCUUUUGAUGCCUUCUUCUAGACAAGUUCAUAAAAGGUUUAUCAUCAUCGUUGAUCCAAAAGCUCACGAACUGAAUAUAGAUGCGGUAAGAUUGGUUUUAAAGGUUUUUUUAUAUUGACGGUUACUGUAAUUUCUUGUUCUAUAAAGACUUUUACUACUGCUAUAUAUAGUGAGUUUAUACUUAUUUCUGUUCUAGAAAUCAACGGUAAAACCAAUCUUUGAUGAUCAUUGUCUCAAUACGGCUGUAUAUUUCACCACCGAAAGUUUUCUACCUCUACUGAAAAGUCGAAACGGAGAUGAAUGUCGCGGGUCGAAGAAAAGUUCAGUUGUAAAAAGUGAGAGAGCAAUUCAAAUUUAAUACUAUGUCCAGAUCAUAGGACGUUUGUUGGUAUGGUAAAAUAAUUAGUUUUUCAUAUACGUCACUUAUAUUUUUAUUUUCCUCAUUUUUAUCUUUGAAAUUUCUGUAGCAUAUUGUAGGGUCUUAUGAUACGGGUAUGUCAUAUUGUUAUACGGUAUGUAUAGUAUUAUUUUUGUCGCUAAUUUUAAUUUAUAUUAUUUUAAAAUAAAUCGUUGCUGUAAACAGUGUUAUCAGUUUUGAAGUUUAGAUUUUCCAGGAAAUAAAAUCUCUCGCGCGGAAAACAAAGUAUGCUAUACGGGUUGGCAUUCUGUUGCAAGAGAAAAUUAAUUUGCAAAAUUUUGUUUUUUGUUUAAGUUACUGUAAAAUUUGUAGUUUAUUAAUACUAUUUUUUAGGAAGGUUUAUAUUUAUAAAAUACACGUUCUGAAGUAUUUUAGAGUUUAAUUGUUAUAUAGAGUUGCAAAGCAGGUUUUUAAAGUCUUAUUUUAGGCCUUAAAUGCCUCAAAAGUACGUUCAGAGCCAGGUAUUUACUGGUGUGUUAUCAUGUCAAGUGCAGGGACACCCUACUGAAGACACAGUAGUUGCUACCAGUGGGGAAAGUCAAAUUGUGGUAUCUAGGUUUGAUGGAGCUGAAAAUGGGCAUAAUUCAGGUAAUAUUUUACGUUUUUUAGUUAUUUAAAUAUAUUAAAGUCGUUUAAAAAUUGUUUAACAGUGAAACUAAGGACUAUCUGUACUAUUUGUUAAUUUUUUACUAGUUAUCAGAGUAUGUUAGUACAAAAUACAUUUUUUAAAACGCCAAAAAGACGUUUGAUCUCGGGCGGGCUCGAACCGCCGGCCUUCUGUGUGUUAGACAGAUGUGAUAACCACUACACCACGAGAUCACUGGGCUUUCCCCUCUUCGUUUCGUCUCUAUUCCCUUCGUUUUUAGUUUGUGAAAUAAAAAGAUUUUUUAGACUGAAAAGGUAACAUUAUACCUUAAAUAAAAUUAAGUUAUAAUGUCUAAAAAUAAUGGUGGAAUAUAUGAAAUACAUUGAUAGCUUAUAUAAUAGAAAACAUAUUUUCAGUUGGAACAACGAUAAGAAACGACUUGUUUGACCAAAUUGGAGCAUUUACGUUUGGUCCGGGUGGAAAUGGAUUAUAUUGCUUAUCAUCGUCUUGUUUAUACUCUCUGGAUACUGAAAGGUUACAAGGGGUUUCAGCCCAAAUCUUUGAUGUUCCGCCAACUGAAGUACUGCCUUUUGGUACUGGAGAGUCACCGUUUUCGUUAAUUGUAGCUGAUGAAGAUGGGGAAGUAUGUUUAUGACUUUGGAAUGCGUUGUUAUAAGAGGAUCUAGUUGCUUUUUUAUAUAAAAAGGAUGCAAAAAAACCUCUUUAAUAUGUUUAUGGUUGUAGGUUCAUUUACUGGAUACUCGACAAAGCCCAGCUGAGAAUGUUCACACUUUGGAAACACAAUCAGAGAAGAAUGAGAUUAAAGGAAUGACGAUUAAAGACCAUACGUUGUAUACGAUAACUGAAAAUGGUGUUAUAGGAGCUUACGAUUUAAAGAAACGAGCUUUCAGUCGAAAGUUGGAGUUUGAUGACAAGUUCUUUACUUCUAUUAUCAUGGAUGAGGAGUAAGUCUAUGUUAUAUUUAUGUUCUUUUAAUGGGUCAAUCUAAGUUUUUAGCUUAAAUUAGCAUAAUUUUAAUAAUUGGUUUAUACAGGAGAUAACAUAAUUAUGAUCAUUGUUUAGUUUGGUAUUGGUGACGACGGAUAAGAACGACUUUCAAUGGGUAGAUAUGAAAGAAGGCUAUGUCAAGUACAACAUGAAACGAACUCAGUUUUUGGUGGAGAAACUUCAGAUUUUAAAUGAUGAAUUACUCUUGGCUAAACCUUUCAUUGGGCAGGAUCUAGUGUAAGUUUUUAUUGGUUAAUUUUGAAAUUUGGUGUCAUGUUAUGUAAUUUAAAAAAAUUGAAUUUCGUGUUCUACAGUUUUAAAAUGACAUUUUGAAAGGUCCUAUUGGUCUUAUGUAUGAUUUUAUAGUUAUUAUUUUCAUUUUAGAGUUAUUGACCGAGAAUCCCGACGAGUAAAGAAUUUGGUCAGCGACCGUCGUGACAUACACGAUGUUUCUAUCACUCGACCAGGUGGAAACCUAUUCUAUGCGUUAGAGAACGGUAUUCACGUUGAUUUGUCUAUGAUUUCUUCAUCUGACUUUGUUCAAGCUAUUGAUGACAAGAAGAAUCAGCCAGAUAACAAGGUCGAUCCUGACUUCUUUGACGGUCUAUAA